AUGGGCAGGAGGAUGCGGGGCGCCGCCGCCUCCGCGGGGCUCUGGCUGCUGGCGCUGGGCUCGCUGCUGGCGCUGUGGGGCCGGCUCCUGGCGCCGCCCGAACACCGGACCCCGCGGCGCCCGGAGUCCGCGCCCGGCUCCCCGCAGCGGGACCCCCGGGGCGCCUCCCUGAAAACUUUCCGGACGCUGCUCACCUUGGCGGCCGGCGCGGACGGUCCCGCUGCCCGGCGGCGGCCCCCGGGGGCGGAGCGCAGGCGGCGGGUGCCCGACGGGGUGCCCGGCCCGGAGGGGGAACAGCUCGUCGCGGUGCACGGGGGCGUCUUCUGGAGCCGCGGCCUGGAGGAGCAGGUGCCCCGCGGCUUCUCGGAGGCGCAGGCGGCGGCGUGGCUGCAGGAGGCGCGGGGCGCCCGGGUGGUGGCCCUGGAGCGCGGCGAGUGCGGGCGCAGCUCCAACCGCCUGGCGCGCUUCGCCGACGGCACCCGCGCCUGCGUGCGCUACGGCAUCAACCCCGAGCAGAUCCAGGGCGAGGCCCUGUCCUACUACCUGGCGUGCCUGCUGGGCCUCCGGCGCCACGUGCCGCCGCUGGCACUGGCCCGAGUAGAGGCCCGGGGCGCGCAGUGGACGCGGGUGCAGGAGGAGCUCCGGGCGGCGCACUGGGCGGAGGGCAGCGUGGUGAGCCUGACGCGCUGGCUGCCCAACCUCACGGACGUGGUGGUGCCCGCGCCCUGGCGCUCCGAGGACGGCCAGCUGCGGCCCCUGCGCGCCGCAGGGGGCGAGCUGGCCAACCGCAGCCGGGAGGAGCUGGUGGACCUGGUGCAGUGGACCGACCUGAUCCUCUUUGACUACCUGACGGCCAACUUCGACCGGCUGGUCAGCAACCUCUUCAGCCUGCAGUGGGACCCGCGCGUCAUGCAGCGCGCCACCAGCAACCUGCACCGCGGCCCCGGCGGGGCGCUGGUCUUCCUGGACAACGAGGCGGGCCUGGUGCACGGCUACCGGGUGGCGGGCAUGUGGGACAAGUACAACGAGCCGCUGCUGCAGUCCGUGUGCGUGUUCCGGGAGCGGACAGCCAGGCGCGUCCUGGAGCUGCACCGGGGCCGGGACGCGGCCGCCCGGCUGCUGCGCCUCUACCGGCACCACGAGCCUCGCUUCCCGGAGCUGGCGGAGCUCGCCCAGCCCCACGCUCAGCUGCUACAGCGCCGCCUGGACUUCCUUGCCAAGCACAUUUUGCACUGUAAGGCCAAGUACGGCCGCAGACCUGGGACUUAG